GUUGGACAAGAAGAAGGGCGGGGCCUCGCCCUGACAGGCAACAGCUCCUCCAAUCAGCGCGGUGGGCGGGCAGACCGUAGCGCACGACGACCAAUGGGGUUCUCAGGAUGGCACUGAUGGGCAGCUCGGCGGACCAAUAGGCGCGGGGUAUUAUCUGUGACGGAGCAAAUCACAACGGCGUGCGGCGUCGCGGGUGUGGCGGGAACGGCGUCAGCCAAUAGCAUGCCCGGACCGCCUUGAUUGACGCGUGGGCGGGCCAAUGGGGGCGUGUCGUGGGCGGGACGGCGGAGCUGGGCGCCAUGUCGCGGCGGCGGUGGCGCGGCCCUCAGGGCGCCGAGGGUGGCGGGCGCGGAGCCGACAUGGGGAAGAUGGCUACGGGCGGCGGCGGCGGCGGUUCUGGCCGAUAUUACGGCGGCGGUGGCGGCAGCGAAGGCGGGAGAGCCCCUAAACGCCUGAAAACCGAGAGCGCGGAGGCGCCGCCUCAUGGGCCCGGUGGGCCGGGGGGCGCGGGCGGCGGGGCCGGCGCGGGAGGAUCGGAGAACUACGAGGACCCCCACAAGACGCCGGCAUCGCCCGUGGUUCACAUCCGCGGCCUCAUCGAUGGCAUCGUGGAGGCCGACCUGGUGGAGGCGCUGCAGGAGUUCGGGCCCAUCAGCUACGUGGUGGUGAUGCCAAAGAAGCGUCAGGCCCUGGUGGAGUUCGAGGACAUCCUGGGCGCCUGCAACGCCGUCAACUACGCGGCCGACAACCAGAUCUACUUCGCCGGCCACCCCGCCUUCGUCAACUACUCCACCAGCCAGAAGAUCUCGCGGCCCGGGGACAGCGACGACGCGCGCGGCGUCAACAACGUGCUGCUCUUCACCAUCCUCAACCCCAUCUACUCCAUCACCAUGGACGUGCUCUACACCAUCUGCAACCCCUGCGGGCCGGUGCAGCGCAUCGUCAUCUUCCGCAAGAACGGCGUGCAGGCCAUGGUGGAGUUCGACUCGGUGCAGAGCGCGCAGCGCGCCAAGGCCUCGCUCAACGGCGCCGACAUCUACUCGGGCUGCUGCACCCUCAAGAUCGAGUACGCCAAGCCCAGCCGCCUGAACGUGUUCAAGAACGACCAGGACACCUGGGACUACACCAACCCCAACCUGAGUGGGACAGACGGUGCGAAAGUCUCCAGGAGGGAGGAAUUGACCAAAACGCCGAGAUCUGAGCCCGACCCUGGCCCCUCCCCCCAGCGCCGCGCGGGGUUCGUUAGCAGCCCUAAUUAGGGAUUGAUGAGGUAGCAGAAAUGAGUAAUAACUGGGGACUCAUUGAUUAGCUAAAGUGAAUUAUAGUUGGGGGUUAGUUAGUUAAAGUAAAUUAUAAUUAGUGAUUAAUUAGGUAGCUAAAAUUAAAUCAAUAAAUUGGUGGUUAAUGAUCUGAAAUUGGUUAUAAUUAGUCAUUAAUUAUCUAAAAGU